GUCAGUUCGUGCGAGUCGUUGGCCAGCGUCGGGCCGAACGCACAUGGCCACCAGUGAAUGAGAAAGAGAGACUCAGCAGCCGCCGCCGAAUUGCCGACCGUCGCCUCCGCGCGCGCGCUUGCCGACGCACCGACGCCGCAGCAAGGAUGGCGCGAUGACCGCCGCCGACACGCAGCCCCGGCUUCUCUCUCUACGUAGUGUUUAGUGAUUUUUCAUGGAAGACUUCUCUCCGGCAGACGUGUACGUUUUAGCAACCGCAAACCACGACGGCAGCUAGAGAGAAAAGAAAAGGAAUCUUGUUAAAUUUUGAUCAGCGCUCGCGCGUAGCCUAGGCAAUAAAAAAGUGGCGAGAAUGAGGCGUCGUGCAGCAAGCGGCCCUCGUGCAGCAGACUCGCCCCCGCAGCAUUCCACACCGACAAGCCGUUGUCGCCCGCAUGGCAAACUGCUCUUAGCAUCACAAGCAUGAGCGCAGAGGCCGCGGCGCCGCCCCCCGCCCCCGCCGACUCUGGCGGGGCCCCCGGCGAUGCGUCGGCCGCGGCGGCCGCCGCGCCCGCCGCACCCAAGAGGGAGCCGCGUCGGCCGCUGAGGCGGGGCGGAAAGCCGCUCCCGGACCGGCCCCAGCGGGCCCUCUUCUGUCUCGGCCUCACCAACCCGGUCAGGAAGCUGUGCAUCGACAUCGUCGAGUGGAAGCCCUUCGAGUACAUGAUUUUGUUGACCAUCUUCGCCAAUUGUGUUGCCUUGGCUGUGUAUACUCCAUACCCAAACAGUGAUUCCAAUGUUACAAAUUCGUAUUUGGAGAAAAUUGAAUACAUUUUCCUUGUGGUAUUUACAUUAGAGUGUGUCAUGAAGAUUAUAGCGUACGGUUUUAUGAUGCAUCAGGGUUCAUAUUUGAGAAACGGAUGGAACUUGCUAGAUUUUACAAUUGUAGUUAUAGGAGUUAUAAGCACAACUCUCUCAAGUCUAAACCUCAACUUGGAUGUGAAAGCGCUGCGAGCCUUCCGAGUGUUAAGACCGCUUCGAUUGGUCUCCGGUGUGCCAAGUUUGCAAGUUGUGUUGAAUUCAAUUCUACGUGCCAUGGUGCCUUUGCUGCAUAUUGCUCUUUUGGUGUUGUUUGUUAUCAUCAUUUACGCGAUCAUAGGUCUCGAGUUGUUCUCAGGAAAAUUGCACAAAACGUGCGUAAACAACGUCACAGGCGAGGAGAUGGACAUACCGCACCCGUGUGGGGACGGUGGCUUCCAGUGCAUGACCAUCGGAAUGGUGUGCAGGGACGGCUGGGACGGACCCAACUGGGGCAUCACCAACUUUGACAACUUUGGCCUCGCCAUGCUCACUGUCUUCCAGUGCGUCACCCUCGAGGGCUGGACUGACGUCCUCUACAACAUUCAAGACGCGAUGGGAAGCAGUUGGCAGUGGAUCUACUUUAUAUCGAUGGUCAUCCUGGGUGCAUUUUUCGUCAUGAACCUGAUUCUCGGUGUAUUGAGCGGUGAAUUCUCCAAAGAAAGAGAGAAGGCCAAGGCCCGCGGCGACUUCCACAAGCUUAGGGAGAAGCAGCAAAUCGAGGAGGAUCUCAAGGGCUACCUCGAGUGGAUCACCCAGGCGGAGGACAUCGAUGCUGAAGGAGAGGAUAAAGACAAAUUUGCAAACGAGACUGGCAACGUGGAAAACGAGGAGAAUGGAGGCGAGGUCCAGCAGGAGUCGUGGUGGGCCAAGAAAAAAAGAGGCAUUGACAAAGCGAACCGACGGUUGCGGCGCAAGUGCCGGGUAGCAGUCAAGUCGCAAACCUUCUACUGGCUAAUCAUCAUCCUCGUGUUCCUCAACACUGGCGUGCUCGCCACCGAGCACUACAAGCAACCGCUGUGGCUCGACACGUUCCAAGAGAUGACAAAUCUGGUAUUUGUCUGCCUCUUCACCAUGGAGAUGUUGGUGAAAAUGUACAGUCUCGGCUUUCAAGGCUACUUCAUGUCCCUGUUCAACCGCUUUGACUGCUUCGUCGUGAUCGGCAGCAUCAGCGAGAUGAUUUUAACCAACACGGACGUGAUGCCCCCGCUCGGCGUGUCUGUGCUGCGUUGCGUGCGCCUGUUGCGAGUGUUUAAGGUCACCAAGUACUGGAAAUCACUGUCCAACCUGGUGGCGUCAUUGCUCAACUCGAUCCAGUCGAUCGCGUCCCUGCUGUUGCUGCUCUUCUUGUUCAUCAUGAUCUUCGCCUUGCUGGGCAUGCAGGUGUUCGGCGGCAAGUUCGACUUUGACCACACAGUCGACAAGCCCAGGAGCAACUUUGACUCCUUCUGGCAAAGUUUGCUAACCGUCUUUCAGAUAUUGACGGGUGAAGAUUGGAACGCAGUAAUGUACGACGGCAUUAGAUCGUACGGAGGAGUUUCAUCAGUGGGGAUUCUCGCUUGCGUUUACUUCAUCAUCCUCUUUAUUUGCGGCAACUACAUCCUGCUGAACGUCUUCUUGGCUAUCGCCGUGGACAACUUGGCCGACGCCGAGUCGCUAUCUGACGUUGAAAAGGAGGAAGAAGGUGCCGAGGGAGGAGAACAAAAAGAGGGAUCCGUGGUGGCUGAGGACGGCGAGAAGGAAGGCGAGGAGGGCGCUCAAGACGAGGAAAUCGUUGACGAAGAAGGAAACAUAAAGGAGGAAAGCGGCAGCCAUACCAAAGUGCGGAUUAAUGAAGACGGCGAGGAAUACAUCUACGAUGACCACGAAAACGCAGACGAGGAGCUUGAGGACGAAGAGGGUCUGGACGACGAGGAGGAGCUCGAGGACGAGGAGGACUUGGAGGAGGAGGAGGAGGAGGAGCAAGACCAGCAGAUGGACCAGGAGGUGUCCGCGCUGCCCAAGAGGCGUCCGUCGGCCGCGCCCGCCGCCAGCAAGAGGCAGCCCAUUCCGCACGCCUCCUCAUUUUUCAUCUUCUCUGAGAGCAACAGAAUUCGAAUCUUCUGUCACUGGCUGUGCAACCACAGUCUUUUCGGCAACAUCAUCUUAGUGUGCAUCAUGAUCUCUUCGGCACUGCUGGCCGCCGAGGACCCUUUGGACGGCAACUCCGACCGAAAUCAGUUUCUAAAUUACUUUGACUACUUCUUCACAACCGUGUUCACCAUCGAGUUGACGCUCAAGAUGAUAUCAUACGGCUUCAUUCUGCACGAAGGUGCCUUCUGCAGGUCUUCGUUCAACCUGCUUGAUUUGCUGGUCGUUUGUGUUUCACUCAUUUCGAUAUUUUUCAGUUCUGGAGCAAUCUCAGUAAUCAAAAUCCUCCGUGUUUUCCGCGUGUUGCGUCCAUUGAGGGCCAUUAACAGAGCCAAAGGACUGAAGCAUGUAGUCCAGUGCGUGAUUGUCGCAGUAAAGACUAUCGGAAACAUUGUACUAGUUACAUGUCUCCUGCAAUUCAUGUUCGCUGUAAUUGGAGUCCAAUUGUUUAAGGGAAAAUUCUUUAGUUGUUCUGACGCCUCGAAAGUGACUGAAACCGAUUGCCAUGGCACAUAUUUGAUAUUCGAAGGAGGCGAUAUAAAUAAGCCGGAAGUGAGAAACAGAACAUGGUCAAGAAACGUGUUCCACUUUGACGAUGUCUCAAAAGCCAUGCUCACAUUGUUUACCGUUUCCACGUUUGAAGGCUGGCCAGGUCUGCUGUACACGUCUAUCGACUCUAAUGAGGAGGACCAUGGACCAAUUCACAACUUCAGGCCGAUCGUGGCCAUUUACUACAUCAUCUACAUCAUUAUUAUUGCCUUCUUCAUGGUCAACAUCUUCGUCGGUUUCGUUAUUGUCACUUUCCAAAAUGAGGGCGAGCAAGAGUACAAAAACUGCGAACUCGACAAGAACCAGCGCAACUGUAUAGAAUUUGCGCUGAAGGCGAAGCCAGUGCGGCGAUACAUUCCAAAACACCGGAUCCAAUACAAAGUAUGGUGGUUCGUGACGUCGCAGCCCUUUGAGUACACCAUUUUCAUACUGAUCAUGAUAAACACGAUCACGCUAGCGAUGAAGUUCUAUCACCAGCCCGAGUACUACACUCAAGCGCUAGACGUUUUGAACAUGAUAUUCACGGCCGUGUUCGCACUCGAGUUUGUUUUCAAGCUAGCGGCUUUCAGAUUCAAAAAUUACUUUGGAGAUGCGUGGAACGUUUUCGAUUUCAUCAUCGUGUUGGGCAGUUUUAUUGAUAUUGUGUACUCGGAAGUGAACACCCCGACAAAAAUGCAAAAGCCCGGAACCAACAUUAUCUCCAUCAACUUUUUCCGUCUCUUCCGUGUGAUGCGUCUAGUGAAGCUGCUGAGCAGAGGCGAGGGCAUCCGAACCCUUUUGUGGACGUUCAUCAAGUCCUUCCAGGCGCUGCCCUACGUCGCCCUGCUCAUUGUCAUGCUCUUCUUCAUCUACGCAGUUAUCGGCAUGCAGAUGUUUGGCAAGAUCACCAUGGACCCAGACACAGCUAUCCACAGAAACAACCACUUCCAGACAUUUCCUCAAGCGGUUUUGGUCCUUUUCCGAUCAGCAACAGGUGAGGCCUGGCAGGACAUCAUGAUGGACUGCUCUGCUCGUCCAGGCGAGGUCAAGUGCGACGAGAAGUCUGACGAAUACAAGUACAACGGCAACAAAAUUGACUGUGGCUCCAGCAUCGCCUUUCCAUACUUCAUCUCGUUCUACGUGCUUUGCUCGUUUUUGAUUAUUAACUUGUUUGUUGCCGUCAUCAUGGACAACUUUGACUACCUUACGAGGGAUUGGUCCAUUCUCGGACCGCACCACCUCGACGAGUUCAUUCGCCUGUGGAGCGAGUAUGACCCCGACGCCAAAGGCCGGAUUAAACACCUGGACGUGGUCACCCUGCUAAGGAAAAUUUCGCCGCCGCUGGGUUUCGGCAAAUUGUGUCCGCACAGGGUGGCCUGUAAGAGAUUAGUGUCCAUGAACAUGCCGCUUAACAGCGAUGGAACUGUGUUGUUCAACGCGACGCUGUUUGCUGUGGUCCGAACGUCGCUUCGAAUAAAAACCGAGGGCAACAUUGAUGAUGCCAAUGGCGAGUUGAGGGCAGUCAUCAAAAAGAUUUGGAAGAGGACGAAUCCAAAGUUGCUGGAUCAAGUGGUGCCACCGCCAGGAGUUGACGAUGAAGUCACGGUUGGAAAAUUCUACGCUACAUUCCUCAUUCAAGAUUAUUUCAGAAGAUUCAAGAAGCGAAAGGCAGAGGAGACCCAAGGAGGGGAUAAGGAGUCGCUCAACACUGUCACCCUGCAGGCUGGUCUUCGCACUCUUCACGAUGCUGGUCCAGAACUGAAGAGAGCCAUUUCAGGCAACUUAGAAGAGCUGAUAGAUGAUAACCCUGAGCCCAUGCACAGGCGAAAUCAUUCGCUUUUUGGAAGUGUUUGGUCGUCCAUGAGGAGAGGCCACAAUUCAUUCCGAGCUCGAUCUUUGAAAAACGCUCAACCAAAGAUUAAUCAUUUGGAUGUACCAGGAAGAAACCUUAGAAAGGUUUCUCCAACAAAUUCGGUGGAGUUGCAGCCGUUGAACUCCUUCCAGAAGGACAUUUCGCACAAUAUCACGUCCGGAAUGAACAACUUAAUGAACAAUCUGAUACCACUCAAAGGAAGUGAUGUUGCAAUCUACCGGGACGACGACAUCCCGCAGAGAAGAUUCAAAGUGUCCAAUGGAGAUCCGGAGAACAGAUACACAAUAGUCGACAUGGAGGAGCACAGUCCGGAGGUGACGCCACCUACGCCGCCGCCGCGGCGCCACUUGUCCCGCCUGAGCGGCUCCUUCCGGCUGGGCUGCAUCGGGCGGCAGCAGAGCGAGGGCGGCGAGCCGUUCAGCCGCAUCGCCGGCGGCCUCAAACUGGCCCAGACGCAGGCCAUGGCCGUCGCCGGUUUCGCGCCGCACGAGGCGGCACCCGCGCGACGCCGCUCCUCGCAGACCACCGCCGACCAGCGGCUCACGUCGCGCCACCCCUCCCCGCUCACCUACCGAGCCUCGUUCCACGGAAGGGAGUCUCAGCACCGUGAUUCCAGCGCCAGCCUGUCCACUGAGAGACUGUCUCAUUCUCUUCCAGGGAGCCCUGCGGAAAGUAGACCAAAAUUCGGAGUCAUUGGCUCUGCCGAGAGUUUGGUCGGAAGAGUGCUUGCUGAGCAGGGCCUGGGGAAGUACUGUGACCCCGAGUUUGUGCGCAACACCUCCAAGGAGAUGCAGGAGGCGUUGGACAUGACCGAGGAGGAGAUGGACAGGGCGGCGCACAAGCUGCUGCUGCAGGAGCGGCACGGACGGCCUCUGUCGUUCCGGCAGCAGAACGCCGAAGACUUAUAGCAUCAACGGGCCGCCGCCGCCGCGCUGCUUUUGUCGGGACAGUGCCGACAGUUGAUUCACUUUUUUACUUCUUUGUUGUCGCAAAGCACUCUCUCUGUUGUUUUAACUCUGCAUAUUAUUUGAAUAUCUGCACUGAUUAUGUGUUCAACUAAGGUGAAAUCAAAUGUGAUUGUGAGAAAGACUCUACGACAGCCGGCCGGCAAGAAAAAUGCAAAAGAUGAAAACUGACUCUAAAGAUUUCGCGACGUUUUUAUACUUGAACGAAAAGUGCCUUUUUCAUACUACUGUAAAAAUUGUGACACACACACACACACACACGCAUGCAAACACACACGGACACGAAUACACGCAAACACACAUAAACACACGCAUACGAACUUGCUAUUUAUUAUGGAUAUAAUUAUUAUAUUGAUUGUGAUUGAUGGAUUCAAAUCUAAUUGUAUAAUUCCCAGCUAAACGCGAGAUUAAUGAAAUUAUUCGAGUUUUCGACGUGACUACUCGAGAGAGAACAAUGUUGAUUGACGGUUACCAUUGUGGAUUGUUCGAGUAUAAUCUGUCAACAUCUGUAAAAGGGUCACUCUUUCGUCGCGUUCGCCCGCCCCGCGCGGCCCAAAACUCGAUUCGGACCUUUUGCUAAACGUGGGUUCGCGCGGGCGGCAGCGCCGGACGCAAUCUCACGCACUAUUCCUUCCACAAGUCCACCUGAAAUCCUGCCUAAAUGAGAUAUGAAUGACAAAACGAACCAAUUUCUCUGUAGCGGUUUAGUCUGACUCACACUUCUCGGUCCAAGUUGACGAACUAGAAGAGGCACUGUUAAAGUGAAGAAAAUUAAAAUUAAUUCUAGAGUGAUCUUGGCAUCCUUUUGGGCCACCUCGAAUGCAGUGAAAUUCAAAAUUUUUCUCCUCGGAAUGGUGUUGUCCUUGUUGAACUGUUCAUAUUUAUACACUCUACUAUUAGAGACCUCAACUUCAAAAUUUUGAGAGCAGAUAUUUAGCAUUUUUGACUCACUGAAAAUGAGUACUCUUUGCCUUAUAGUGCCAAAAAGAGUAAAACGCAAAGGAAUCUUAAAUCUAAAGCUUAACAGGAAGUUCUCUAGGCUAAAAUUUGUAAUGAUUAAAACACCACUUGAAACCACUUUCCAACACAUAAACACACACACACACAUACACACACAAAAGGUAAACUUGGAUUUAGUGAAGUCUUCUCGGUAUAACAAACUCUCCUUUUAAUACUUACAUUCAGUUCCUCGAUUUAACACGACGUUUUCAAUAUAUGCAUAAUUUAAUUUAAAAAUAUUUUGUAAACAAUGAACCUUUUCGAGCGCAUUAUAUUGUAAUAGCCGAAAUUGUUAUCGAUCAAGAGAAUAAAACUUACUUCUGCAUCAAUUGAAAUUUUCUGUCACGCGUAUCUUGAUGUCAAUUUGGAAUUUGUAAAAGUUGCUGUUCACGCAUAAAACGAAACUUGGUAAAAACGGGAAAAUUCCGACGAUGUUAUUAUAUAAAUAUACAAAAGAAAAAAACAGAAACACAGAAGCGCAUCUCUCAUUUAAGUGUUGAUCUAAAAACACACAAUCAAAGCAGCGCAAAACGGGAAAUUUUCCAAAUGGAAAUGUUGAAGAAAAGAAUCAAAUUUAGUACACAUGUUAAGCAAUUGUUGAAUGUAAUUUUUUAUACCACCACUCGGAUUUGAUGUGCCAAAAUGAAGAUGAAAACUUGUUCAGACCGCAUUAUUAUUCAAAAUUAUGUACCAAUCCAGGAAACAGUAAAAUGACAAGAGUCACGUUAUUGAUCUAUGUAUUCAAGAUCUACGCAUAUAAUACAAUUAUUUAUAUAUUGACAAUCAUGUUAUAAUUGUGUGUCCUAUCUCUGUUUUUCCACAUCAUGGUUAAAAAUAUAUAAACAAUGGUCAUUCAAGCUA